AUGCCUCGCUCGCGUUCGGAAGUCUUUGUGGGACUGGGACUGGCACUGCUUACGAUCCUGGGAUCGGUCCUGGCUCGCUCGCAUCUCAGCAGCUUGCAGGAACUGGAGCUCAGCUCGCUGCGCACCCACAAACAGCUUUUGCAGGCGGAGAUUGCCAGGCUUUUUCUUGAGCAACCGCCUCGAGCGGAGACUCAACUUCUGCUUGACGACCUGCAGCUGAGAGAUCACCAAUUGGGUCUGCAAAUAGAGAACCUGGAGGGAAUCUCCAAGGGCGAGACCACGCAGAGGCUGGCCAUCAAUCUGACCGCUGACUUUGAGCACCUGCAGCACAAGCUGGACGACUUGAAACGCCAACUUGAGCUGCUAGAUGGACAGUUUGCCUCCCAUGGAAAGCAGCUGGAAGGACACUCUGCGGAAAUAGCUCCGCCGGCGCCCUCCGGAUUGGGAUCCUUCCUCUGGGGACCCUUGCUAACCAUGCCUGAGUUUCCGCAGCACAGUGUGGUGGCCAGUGAUCAGCAACAUAGCCACCAUCAGCAGAAUCACCAGCAGGAGCAGCAGCAGGGAUCCAGUCCCUCCAUCAUUAAACGUGUGCUGGACAUGCUUAGGCCUUCCGUGGGAGUGGCCGGCCUAAGAAGCCGUUGGGCCGAAUCAGAGAAAUCAGCUGGAUCGGCAACAACGAAGCCCGUCCUCCACAAGUCACUCAGCGCCGAGGAGCUCCUCCCACAGCUGCAGGAGCAGCGCAGGUUCCUUGAUGAUGCCAUCACCAGACUGGAGCUUCUGGCGGUCACCAAGGGCUCAAAAAAAAAAUUGAAUUAAUUAGGCGUUAAUUAGAAAUAUAAGAAUGCAUGAAAAACCAUGAAGAAAAUACCUGUUCAGAUCCAGCAGCAAGAAGAAAGAUAAAAAUACUCGACACCCAGAGGAUCAAUAUUAAUAAAUUUAUAUUGCCAGAGAUAAAAACCUAGUAUAUCACCUUAAUAAAGUCACACACAUAAAUUAGGGAGAUCUGAUAAUGUACAAUCAAAAUCGAAUACAAUCGAGUGGGUUGUUCACCAAUAAUUUGUGACCAAAACAUAAUGGUUCACUUAAAAUACAUAAAUUUAAUUCGCUUAUAAUAAAGUCAAUGAAAAAAAAAAAAUAAAUGGCAUCAUUAAAAUUCUCACACUUUUAGGUCUAAAACUAAAAAUAAAAAUGCAAUUCAAAUGAGAAAUCCGUUUCAGAACUAGAUAUUUAAU